AAGCGGCGCCGAAGGUAGGCGCUCCCGAGGGUCACCGCGGCAGCGGCAGCGAGGUUGUGGGCGUAGUGCGGCUUUGGCGGCGGGAGAGGUGGCCUCGAGGAGUGGGACGAGGGCGGCGUGGAGCUAGGGGUCCCGGCCUCGCCGCGCUGGGGGGAGCUCCAGUUCCACGAAGCGGUUGCCUCCGGUGUCCCCCGAGAGCCGUGGAGCGGAGAGCUUGUGUGGGCUGAGAGCCUUGGCUUUGGUGGAGACUGGCACCCUGCGUUCAUUAUUUGUCAGGAAGAAAGUGGAGUGGCAUCUCAAGGCUAUCCAUAGACAACAGAAGCAAGGAUCCUACAAUCAAAAGGGCUUCUGUGCUUAGUCUUUGGAAAAAACUUACAUGAUCUAAUUUUCCAGACUUGGGAAAGGAAAGUAUCCCUGUGAUUGCAGUGAAGAAUCCAGUAUCAUAUUGUGGAGUGGUCAAGAUCCACCAGUGUGAAGCAUCAGGCUUUGACCUUUGUUCUGGAAGACGAUCUCAAAGGAUGCACCAUGAUGAAACGACAGAGACCUUUCAGCAGCAGUGAGAGUUCAGAUGAGUGUCCUUCUACUUCCUUUACUUCUAGCUUAAUGUAUAGGAAGAUGUCAAAAAAUCCCAAGGAACAUAAGAAGUCUGCUGAGGUAUUCCGAAAGGACCUCAUCAGUGCGAUGAAAAUCCCUGACUCUCACCAUGUUAGUCCUGACAGCUAUUACCUCUUUACUGACACAUGGAAAGAAGAGUGGGAAAAGGGAGUACAAGUGCCAGCCAGUCCAGACUCUGUUCCAACACCUUCUCUCAGGAUUAUAUCUGAAAGGGUAAAGGAAGUUCUCUUUGUCCGGCCGCGGAAAUAUAUCCGUUGCUCUAGCCCAGAGUCUGCAGAGCCUGGCUAUAUCAAUACCCUAGAGCUGGCAGCAUCUACAUGCCGAUAUGACCUAGAUGACAUGGACACCUUCUGGCUUCAAGAACUCAAUGAAGACCUUGGAGAAAUGGGUUAUGGGCCAAUUGAUGAGACGCUUAUGGAAAAAACAAUAGAAGUUCUAGAACGCCACUGCCAUCAAAAUAUGAACCAUGCUAUUGAGACAGAAGAAGGGCUAGGAAUAGAAUAUGAUGAAGAUGUGAUCUGUGACGUGUGCCGGUCUCCAGACAGUGAAGAAGGGAAUGAUAUGGUAUUCUGUGAUAAGUGUAACGUCUGUGUGCAUCAGGCUUGCUAUGGCAUCCUUAAGAUUCCAGAAGGCAGCUGGCUGUGUCGUUCCUGUGUCCUGGGCAUUUAUCCACAGUGUGUUUUGUGUCCUAAGAAAGGUGGAGCUAUGAAGACCACCAGGACAGGGACUAAAUGGGCCCAUGUCAGUUGUGCCCUGUGGAUACCAGAAGUCAGCAUCGCUUGUCCUGAGAGAAUGGAACCCAUCACAAAAAUCUCCCAUAUUCCACCUAGCCGGUGGGCCUUAGUUUGCAGCCUGUGCAAGUUGAAGACAGGGGCUUGUAUUCAGUGCUCUGUGAAAAGCUGUCUCACUGCCUUUCAUGUCACCUGUGCCUUUGAGCACGGCUUGGAAAUGAAGACUAUCCUAGAUGACGGUGAUGAAGUAAAAUUCAAGUCAUUUUGCCUCAAGCAUGGCCAAAACAAGCCAAAAAUUGGGGAGGCCGAGUACCACCACCAUAGAGUUGCUGAGCAGAGCCAGGCAAAAAGUGAGAAAACCAGCCUGCGGACACAGAAACUUCGUGAACUAGAGGAAGAAUUCUACACCUUGGUCCAGGUGGAAGAUGUUGCCAAAGAGCUGGGGCUAUCUGCAUUAACUGUUGACUUUAUCUAUAACUACUGGAAACUGAAGCGCAAAAGCAACUUCAACAAACCAUUAAUUCCUCCCAAAGAGGAUGAAGAAAAUGGCUUGGUACAGCCAAAAGAAGAAAACAUCCAUACUCGCAUGAGAAUGUUUAUGCACCUGCGGCAGGACCUAGAGAGGGUUCGAAAUCUAUGCUACAUGAUAAGCAGGCGAGAGAAGCUGAAACUUUCACACACCAAAGUGCAAGAACAGAUCUUCGGUUUGCAAGUCCAGCUUAUUAACCAAGAAGUUACAGAAGGACUUUCUUUGACAAAUGCACUAGAGAACUCAUUGUUUUACCCACCACCACGUAUCACCUUAAAGUUGAAAAUGCCUAAAUCAACCUCAGAAGACUGCAGAGACAGCUCCACAGAAACAGAACACCAACCCUCCUCGCCUGGCAGCAGCUCCCCUGGUCACAAUAAAAGGAGCCCACAAAUGCCUGAGGAGGCGCUGGACAUGAAUGUGAAAAUGUAUCCACGACAUCCACUAGAAAUCAAGAGUAACUGUUUGCUGGCUAGUCGCAGUCAUUCUCGAAGUGAAGCCAAGAGUUCCAGUCCUGCUCAGAGAGCUCCAUCUGCCGAGCUCUAUCAUGGGCAAUCAUUAGGAAAGCCUCUGGCCCUUCAGGCUGCCCUCCACGGACAGGCUUCUAUUGGUAAUGGGAAGAAUCAGCCUAACUCCAGGCUUGCCGGUUCCAAUGGUCUGGAGGGCAACUGGUCUGGAAACAUCACCCAGAAAGAUAAUUUAGAUGAGAUUUUCUGUGACCAGGAGUCAAUGCUCAGCCCCCACUUGCCCAGUCAGGGCAACAUUAGAAAAUCUGGCAUAGAACACUUUAGCAGAUCCUUUAAGGAGGCCACCAAUACAUGGGUGAGGCCCACUGAGGACCUCCAGUACUGUGUUAAACCAACUAAGAAUGUGAGUUCUAAGGAGCAGUUGUGGGGUAGACAGCUUCUCAGGCGGUCAGCAGGAAGAGCUCCAUAUCAGGAAACUGAUGGGUAUUGCCCUGAUUUAGAGCCCAGCGAUUCAGAAGCAGAAGGGGAAGGGAGUAAAGAAACAGCAAGGGUAAAGAGAGAAAGUUCUGACCGAGAAAAUCCUUCUCAUGAUUCUGUUCGGGAAUGCCAUGGGAAAAGCGAGACACAUCCUCAUUCCCACAGCUCAAUGCAAAGGUGAUCAGAAAUACCUAAGCAGACUUUGCCCCACAUUCUAGGGGAAAUCUAAACACCCAAAGGAUUCUAGUGUAUAUUAGGAGGAAUUGCAGGGAAAAUGAUGGUAUGAUGUUUCGAAAAGGUUUCAGGUCUAGUUUUUAUAAGCACAUUACAAGAGUUGCAGAUUGACUGGGGUUGCUUUGUUGGAGGCUGCUGGUAACAGUUGGGCCCAGAGUAUUUGCUCAGUGAGUACUUCAGGACCGCUUUUCAGUUAUCUUAACACACUGAUUAAACUACGUAUUAAGAAUCAUUGUAUUGUCAAUGGAUUUGCGAGAGAACAUGACAGACACUAAAGCUACUUAUCUUUUGAAACUAUAACAUGUGACUCCUUAGAGCUCAUGUCUGUAGAAAGUUUCUAAUUCCACUGGUAUCUAUAAACCUCUUUAAGGGAGAGACCGGGAGAGCAGCAUUCUCAGAUACUGUCACUAUUGUCUUCCUUGCUUCGUGCAAGGUUGAGUUUCUUUCACAGUAUCAUAUCGUAUAAAGUCAAUUCUCCUAAGUGUCCAGUGCCUGUUCCUAGACCUGCUUGUUGGGAACACACUCAUAACUCUCUUAUCCAGCUAACAAGCUAACUUGUGGAUAGUGUUUACAAAAGUACUACUUCCAAGGAAAUGCUCUGCUUCUCAAGGCAUUUGCAAAGACUUCAGAGCCUUUCCUGAAGUGUGACCUUUUCUGGGAUAUUUGUACCAGGUCAGGGUUUUUUGUGUUGUUUUCAAAUAAGUUUGACUAAAGUUGGGCUGACAGUUUUUGUAUACCUGCUUUAAUGUUUAUAAAAUUUUUAUUGAGGUAUAAUUAAAAUAUAGUGUAAUGCGCAGAAGGUUAAGUAUUCUUACCUGCUUUAAUUUUGAAACAGAUUUUUAUUGUCAGACAAAUUUGAAAGCAUGUGUUUAACACAUGGAUAUAAUUUAGCUUUGUAUGAAUUUUGAAUCCAAGGCAAUUUCCCAAGUGUAAAAGUUAGAGCCAUUUUUCAGAACUUGAUUAUACCACAUUACCAAAUAAUCAGCCUUGAUUCAUUUCUAGAGGAAGAGAAUUCUGAAUUAGAGAAUGAAAUAGGUCUGCUUCCCAUUUAAGAUAAGGGGAAAGUAGCAGUUUAUAAAAUGGGAGGCAGACUGGAAUUCUCAGCUCCCUUUUCUUCUUAGCCUUAAAAUAAUAUUCUCUUUCUUCUAGUUUGGGAACAUAUGGAGAAAGUUUUCAAACAAGAGGCCAUUUUCAAUUUCUGAAGUUUCAUGCUGGUGAAAGCAGCAGUAGGUGCCAGUGAGGGCAGUAGCCCUCUAGCCAAUGCAGUGGAGCAG